ACGGCGAGCCAGUGGAGCCCAAUUUCAACCAAGGAGUCUUCACAAACUGACGUGGUCUGUACUUAUUCCCUUCAGGAAUUGUCGUGUGAAGACAAACGGAAUGGCUCUGGAUGGAUUCAGUGAUGUGGUGCAGAGAUGUCCCUCCCAGCUGACAGCUACACCCCUGAAGAUCACAAACUCUUCAUGACUGCUGGUUGUUCGUGCAUCGAGGAGGGAAAUAGUGCUCAAGUGCUCAGUAUUGUGUUGGAUGAUACAAAUCAGGACAUGGUGAGGUGCAUGGGGUGGAACCUGCUGCCUCCUCUGGUUCAAGUUCUAUUGCAGAAGGAAGACAAGAACCUUCCUCACUGUCAGGCUAUUUUCAAUCAUCUAAUAGAGACUUGCAGGCCUAAAGAGUUGCUGAUUGGCCUAUUGGAGCAGUUAGAGCAGGAGGAACCAAUUAUCAUAGCGGAGACCCUCAGUCUGCUAUUGAAGCCUUUGCAGAAAGUGUUGCAGCGUCUGGGCAGCCAUAAGGCGUCAUCUGUGGGCAUGGCCUUGUCCUCCGCCUUGGAGCAGGUGGCAAAACUCCCAAUCCCUCAGACCAAGCAGCAACAGGAAAACGACAUCUUCUUGCUUAGCCGUUGCUGCACUGACUUGACGAACUUCGUCAAGCCCUUCAUCCAAGAGGCUCAACGUAAGCUCUGUAUUAGCGACUGCAAACUGAGUGAAAGCGCUAAAGAGUCGGCCAAUCACGACUGGGUGCUACUGGGUCAAGAAGAGCUGAGGACUGAACUUCUGAAAUUCUGUAUGAGUUCCUUGAACGGUCCUCUUCUGGAGGUGCAACUCAACGAUCCAGACACUUUGGCUUCUCUUUGUCCUCUGAGGGACUUUGCCACAGAGAUUUUGAACAAUCUCAACGCUAUCGGGGAGUCCACGCCGGGCCUCGUGUAUCAGCUUCUGUCCAAGAGGAGAGAGGCGACAGGCUUUCUAGAGGAGGACGUGCGCUAUCCCAAAGACUCCCUGGCCAGCUUGGCGUAUCUGGUGUUUGUUCAUCACCUGGCCGCUGACACCUUCCCCUGUGUCUUUAAUCCGGUGUUCUGCCUUCAAUGUAAUAUGGAUCAUGUAGACCUUCUGCUGUCUAGAAGUGAAGAAGCCAGGAUUCAGAAAGGACUGGAGCUUUAUGAAAAUUGUCUUGUUCGUGUGGAGGAUAACAGUCUGCCUUCAGAACUACUACAAAUUAAAACAUUCCUCACCGUACCUCAGAACUUAACCAAGGUCAUGAGUGUCUGUCCAAGACAUGAUUUGAGAUCCAAAGGUUUGAAGGUGUUCCAGCUGAGCAUUGAGAAGUUCAAUACUGAGGCCAAGUACAAUUUUUUCAAGUUCAUGCUGAAGAUGAGUAAUCACUCCGGCGUAGAAGGCUACGUCAUCAAAAAUAUAAGAAGUCAGAUCGACUUUGCCCUACGACCUGGCAACAGUAACAUCUGGUUUGAGGGGGUUCACCUGCUCCCUCUCCUGCGAUUGGUCUUCACACUCCCAGACGGCCCGGAGACCGAUCUCCUCCAGUAUCUGGACAGGGUCAUGGAGGCUCUGAACCUGCUGCGUUACCUCGUGAUAAGAGACAAAGUGACAGAGAACAGGACUGGAAUCUGGACAGAGCUGCAUAAAAUUGAAGAUGCGUUCAUGAAGCCUCUGCGUGUUGGACUUAACAUGUCUAGAGCCCACUAUGAGAGAGAGCUCAGCAGCACCUUGGAGAAGAACAAGGGAAAUGUCAAAGAGACACCUGUGAUUUCCGUAUCUGUUGGUGAUGAGAAGCUGCCGAACAUGACGUCAGAGUCUCAGAUUCAGGCUCUCCAUUCGGCCCUGCACACCUUUGACAUGAUGGAGAGUGUACUGGUACGAAUAGAGGAGCUCACAGAGGUAGAGAGCCCCAUCUAGACUUCAGCAUCACUUUAAUUUAUGCAGUUUGUCUCAUUUUUUUUUCCCAAGCAAGUCUACUAAACUUUUCUAUACAGCAGUACUCUUUGUACUGAAAGUAAUGUUUUUCUAUAUUAAAUUAUUGUCAUAUGGAACAA